CUAAAAAUGGUUGUUAGAGCUUACGAAGAAUUGAUUAAAGAUAAACAAUUAAUUGCGGGAGAAAUUAUGAACGAAUAUAAUAAGAAAUUAGUUUAUCCACAUCUAUUCGUCCGCAAAUUUGAAAUAGGUACACAAACUAAUCCUGUAUCAACUUGGGAAUUGGAGGGAUAUGGCUAA